AUGGAUAAACAGAGCCUGCUCGAGAGGCAGAGGCCAAGCCCACCGAGAUCUGGAAGAAAAGCCACACUCGGAGCGAUAACCUGUCUGCUCAUCACGGUCUUGUGGUUCCUCCAAGGAUGGUUGCUGGUAAAGCCAGGUCUUUCAUCCGAGCCAUUGUCGCCUUUGGAGGAAGUGCUGCGUAAAGCUCCCCUCAUAGAUGGACAUAAUGACUUCCCCAUUUACAUCAGAGCAUUCUAUUAUAAUCACAUCUAUGGCCAGAACUUCAGCGAUACUGCGACUCUUAUCGGCCAGGUUGACUUUCCUCGCCUGCAGAAGAGUCGUCUUGGUGCUCAGUUCUGGAGCGCAUAUGUCGAGUGCCCCGCCGAGAACGAGCACCCCAAAGAGCAGGACACGUAUUAUGAGGCCAUGCAUGAGACCUUGCAACAGAUUGACCUUAUCAAUCGGCUUAUGGAUCGUUACCCAUCCUACUUGAGGCGGGCGUCCUCUGCAGCGGACGUCUGGGAGCAUCACCGCGACACAUCUUCAACCGCGAUUUCUAGUCUCAUCGGCAUUGAAGGUCUACACCAAAUAGCCAAUAGUGCCUCGGCGUUGCGACUCUUCCACAAUAUGGGAGCUCGAUACGUGACAUUGACUCAUAGCUGUCACAAUGCCUAUGCUGACAGCUGCAGUCCGGAAAAGCCAUUGCACGGAGGUCUCUCAUCUCUCGGAAAAGAAGCUGUGCACGAGAUGAAUCGCCUUGGCUUAAUGGUCGAUCUAUCCCACACAUCAGUAGCAACCCAACGGGAUGCCUUUGAAACAUCCCAGGCACCAGUUAUCUACACUCAUUCGGCGGCCUAUGCUCUGUGCAAUCACGAGCGAAACGUUGGAGAUGAGGAGCUGCUCAGUAUCCAGCAAACUGGAGGUAUUGUGAUGGUCAACUUCUUCCCCGGAUUCGUGGCCUGCAGCCCCAAUGCCACCCUUCACGAUGUUGCAGAUCACAUCGUGUACAUGGGCGAAUUCAUUGGCUACCGCCACGUUGGAAUCGGUGCGGACUUUGACGGCAUGGGUUUCGACAAUGGGCCCGAUGGACUCGAGCAUGUUGGGAAGUACCCAGACUUGCUGGAAGAGCUGCUGCGCCGGGGAGUAUCUGUGGAGGAUGUGAGCGGCGUUGCAGGAGCGAAUAUUUUGCGGGUGCUUGAAGAAGUCGAGCAGGUCUCCCAUCGUAUGAGGGGCGAGCAGCCGCUGGAAGAUAAGGUGAAGUCUCUGUUCGUAUAG